AUGGAUAUAGAAAAAUGCAAAUGCUUUUACGAAAUAUUAAACGUUGAAAGCACGGCCACGGUAGAGGAAAUAAAAAAGAGUUACAAAAAAAUUAUUCUUCAGUACCACCCAGACAAAAAUUCCCAUUUAUCUGAAGAGGAACAGAAAAGGUGCACAAAUAUAUUUCGACAAAUUCAGGAGGCAUAUGAAUGUUUGGUGGACGAGAGGAGGAGAAAAUGGUAUGACAAGAAUCGUUUACGAAUUAUUGCAGGAAGGGAACAUGAAGACAAGAGGGAGCAGAACAGACAUGCACGAAGAAGAAGUGGAAGCAGCGGAAGCAGCGACAGUGAAGAAGGAGGCGCAACCUCAGGUAUAAACAUUUGGGAAUAUUUUAGCAGCAGCUGUUAUGAAGGAUUUAAUGACACAGACGAAAGAAGUUUUUAUAAUGUGUAUAGAAAAUUAUUUGAAGAAAUAAUAAAAGCAGAAAAUGAUGAGCUCAGUAUGCGUUACCGUUAUGGAAAAAAGGGAAAGGGAAAGGAGCAAGAGAAUAAAAUUAAUGCACCCUCAUUUGGAAAUUCUCAAUCGAAAGGAAAAGACAUUGACCAAUUUUAUUUAUAUUGGUCCAAUUUUUCUACAGUUAAAAAAUUUGACUACUCAUAUGAAUAUAUGAAAAUGUAUGAACAAGAGAAUAGGUAUGUAAGACGGAAUUUAAAAAAAGUUGCCGAGAAGAGAAGUGUAAGGGAAAGGAAGGAGUUUAAUGAAAAUGUGAGGUCUUUGGUGGAGCAUUUGAAGAAGCAUGAUUCGAGGUACCUUAGCAGGGUUGUGGAGUUGGCUGAGGAGAAGAGGAAAAAUUUGGAGGAGAAGGAAAGGCAGCGUAGAGAACAAAUGCUUCAGAGGAAAUUUCUGUUUGAGCAGAAUGAGGAGAAGAGGGAGGAUGUCGGGGGGGAUGAACACUGGGAUGAGGCCUUGUCUGAGGAGGAACAACCAUGUGGCUACGUAUCCGGAAGCCAAGAGGGUGACAACGGUGAAGAGGUUGGACAUGGUGAGGGCGACAGGCAUGACGACAACGAGUACGGCGAAAUCAUUUACAGGUGUGAAGUGUGCAGGAAAAAUUUUAAAAGCAUGAAGCAGUACAGCUCGCACGAGAAGUCGAAGAAGCACAUGAGCAACUUUUUGAAGCAUGCCAAGAAGUAUGCCGAGGGGGGCAUUUUCGGCGCCGGGGGGGACGAGCCGCAGGGUCAGCCGUUGGAUGCUCAGCGAUUGGAUAGUCAGAUGGGUGAUGAGGUGGACGAUGAGAUGGAUGACCACAUGGAUGGCAAGACGGACGACCUAAAUAAUGCACAAAGCGACAACUCGGAUGGACGCCCAGACAAGCGCACCCCAAAAUCCAAAACGAAAAAAAAACAACACAAAAAGAGCACGACACCAGUGAACAACCUACCCCAGUCGAUCAACUGCGCGUCGGAGUCCUCACACCUGGAUGAAGACGUGUUGUCUUGGUACAAAGGGAAGAAGCGGAAUCGAAACAAAUUAGCGCAUGCAGCGGAAGAAGAAGGUGCGUCGGAUGAAGCAGAAAGUUUGCAGCGGGGGGAGUGUCCCCAGCAGGACGAUUCUGCACAGCCGGAGAAGAUCGCCGGACACGCUGCACAACCUGCAAACGCUACGGACUCGAGCGACGACUACGCAUCCUCCAAGCGAAAAAAAAAAUUGCAAAAGAAAAAAAAAAAAAAAGAAGGCAUUAACAAGAAAGAAAAGGAAGAAAAGAACUUGGAGGAGCCGACGGAAGACAAUAAGGGUGUAAGCGGGAAAGCAAACUCGAAAAGUAAAAUAAAAGAAAAUACAAAAGGUUUGGUGUGUAAAAUGUGCAGGGAAACAUUUGACUCGCGAAAUAAAUUAUUUGCACACAUACAAAAGGAAGGGCACGCAGCAAAUAAAGUUGUUGCUGAUGUGCCUGCAAAGGUGAAUAAAAAUAAAAAGGGCAACAGCAAGAGGGAGAAAUUGUCGUAA